AUGUAUGCCAUUACUACUAGAAGUGGGAAGAUCCUUGAGAGUGAACUAAAUGUUGAGAAGAGUCCCGAUGUGAGGAUAGGACUUGAGGUUGAGGAUGAAUCAUCAAGAGAGAAUGAGAUUCUAGAGGGAAGUGCCGGAAAGAAUGAGAGGGAUGUAGUAAAGAGCUUGCAUGUUUCUAUACCCUUUGUGGAUGCUAUGAAAGAGAUGCCACACUACUCUAAAUUCCUAAAAGACCUCCUGAAUGGAAGGAGAGAAGUUGAAACCGUUAGCUUAACCGCAAAUUGUAGUGCUAUUCUCUCCAGUAAGCUACCAACUAAAUUGCAAGAUCCCGGUAGUUUUUCCAUCCCUUGUUCUAUCAAUGAAGUUCAUUUGGGGAAGGCUUUGUGUGACCUAGGUGCUAGUGUGAGUUUAAUGCCUUUCUCGGUCUACCAAAAGCUUAAUGUGGGAAACCUUUCACCUACAAACAUCACCCUCCAAUUAGCAGAUAGGUCCACAAAAUUGCCUAUAGGGAAAGUAGAGGACAUACCCCUUAGAGUCGGUAAGUUCACUUUUCCGGUGGACUUUUAUGUUCUUGAAAUGGAUGAAGAUGAAAGAAUUCCUAUAAUCUUGGGUAGGCCAUUCCUAGCUACCUCUAAAGCAAUUAUUGAUGUCAAAGAAGGCAAGAUGACCUUGAAGGUUGACAAUGAUUCUAUCGAAUUUGAUUUGAAUAAGGUGAUGAGACAACCUUCCUCUGACAAUGAAUGUUUUAGAAUAGAUACAAUUGAAAACUUGAUGAAUGAGUUUAGAUACCCUUAUAUGCAUGCUUCUAAUGAUCUACUUGAGAAUGUCUUGUUGAAUGAGAAUGAGGUAGGUGAUCAAAAGGAGAUGCAAUUAUAUGAGGAAAUGCUUGAUGAGAAAGAAGAGACAACCCCGACCAAGAGAUGCCCCAACCGUAUGAAGUCUUCCAAGUAG